AUGGGGUUUAACUUUUCUUAUAUCUGCGACUUGCUUUCGAGCUUGGAUGCAAACCGAACCAUAAAAGCCACGACUACAGUGAGAAGCAGGGACCCUGACGUUGCAACCGUUGUAAACUGGUUCCAUGCACACGGGAAGAAAAUUCAUGGAGGCGAUACUGAUUACGUAGCUUUCCUCUCAUGCCUCUUCCCUGAAUUACGGCCUGACCGAGUUCAUGGCUUCAAAGAGCCGUCCCUUGUACAAAUUAUAGGGCGAUGCUUGCUCCUUGGAGCAACUCGAUGGCGGGAGUUGGAGGCCUGGAAGACUCCAGGACGCGGUGACCUUGGCGAAUGCGUUGAAAGAGUCAUGUGUGAUGCGGAGAAUGAGCUUUUUAAGGACUCUCCCGUGACUGUUGAGGAGAUAGAUGCCGCGUUGAAUACAAUAGCUUCUAGAUGCCGUUUCUCCGCUCCGGAUGUGCGCCGUCAACGCACCGCCAUUCAGGUAGACGAGGCGUUAAAACCAAUUUUUCGCCGCUUAAAUAGCCGUGAUGCAAAAUGGUUUACUAGACUACUGCUCAGAGAGUACACGCCUGUUAAUAUCCCACAACGGUUGGCCCUGCGAAAAUUUCAUUUCAUGCUUCCAGCGUUCCUUUCGGUACAAAGCAGCCUAAAGGGGGCCCUGGAUGCAAUGGACCGUGGACCAGUCAAAAGAUUCCCGCCCUGCCCUGACCCUGAAUAUGCUCGGACUCUUAUGGAACUCGCUAUUCCCCACCUUGCUCCCCAGAUUGGCGUCAAAGUUGGGCGGCCAGAAUAUUACAAGGCCCGAAACCUCAGACAUUGCUGUAGAAUGGCCGACAAGCGAUUAAUGAGCAUUGAACGAAAAUAUGACGGGGAGUAUUGCCAAGUACAUAUUGACCUGGAAAGGGGGGUCCAGUGUAUCCAAAUAUUUUCGAAAAGUGGCAAAGACUCCACGGUGGAUAGAAAAAACAUUCAUGGUGCUAUUAGAGACGCGCUGAGGAUCCGAAAGCCUGGCUGUCGAUUUUCCAAAAGAUGCAUACUAGAAGGUGAACUCCUGGUCUGGAGUGAUAUUACAGAUGAAAUCCUCCCGUUUCAUCACCUGCGAAGGCACAUUAUGAGAGCAGGGACUUUUAUCGGCACUGAAAAUGACUCUCCGCCGGAUCCUCGGGAACAUCUAUAUAUUGUAUUUUUCGAUUUAUUACUUCUAGAUGAUAAUGUUGCAUUAUCAAAACCCUAUGUGGAACGAAGGGCGCUUCUUAGAGAGGUGGUUAAUCCGAUCCAUGGAAUGGCUGGAAUUGCAUCGCAGUUUAAUAUAGAUUUCUCUACCAUCGGCGCAUAUGAACAUUUAAAAGAAGAGUUCGCUCUCGUCUCAGCCCAGAAAUGGGAAGGGCUUGUUUUGAAGGGAGCGAAUGAGCCAUAUUUCCGAACGUUUUCUCAGGAUACCCGUGAAUUUUCCUGCUGCUGGAUGAAAUUCAAAAAAGAGUCUAUCCCGGGCCUAGGAGAUACAGCAGACUUUGUUCUCCUUGGGGGAAGAUAUGACUCUCGAGAUGCCGCUGCCCUUGGUCAUAUUAAAGGAUUAUCAUGGACAUCCUUCUUUAUUGGCUGUCUGGAUGAUGUUGUCGGCUCACUUUCACCAAAACCAAUAUUUCGUGUUAUUGAUAUCCUAAACAAACAGAACAUCAACGCUAACCUAUUCCAAACUCUUAAUCAACUGGGGAAGUUCCAAGCGUGCCAUGCUGAUUCUGAUGAUGUUCCCUUUUCCCUGGGAAUUGAUCAAGUCAGAUUACCGGAGAUCCAGACCGUGUUUAGAGUGCCAUUUGUUGUCGAGAUGACUGGCUUCGGAUUUGAUAAACCCCAGGGUGUUAGAUAUUAUUCUCUUCGAUUUCCUCGAAUCGUGAAAAUUCACUCAGAUAGGGAGUACGAGGCAGCGGUGUCCUUCAGAGACUUACAAGAACUGGCACGAAUUGCUAAUUCCGUUCCAGUCGAAGAGCUAUCACAAGAGGCUGCCGAGUGGGCUGAAAAAAUCGACCCGACUGACAAGAAACCCCAGUAUAUUGUGGACCAUUCCGAAAACUCCGCUACUACCGGGAUAACACCAAGUGCUGCCAACUUAUCGCAGCCUUUGCUAACUGAGAACAACCCGGUUGAUCCACAAGGAUUCAAUCAAGCGGCCGCAGUUGUAUCACCUUCUCCUACAUCUGGGAACGAACUGAGCUUCCGAACUCAAAGCGGACAUUUAUCUAGUACUUUUGACGAAAUUCAACAAAGGUCCAAUGCGAUGGUGUCAAGCCCAGUUCGUAUCCUCCCAGAUGCUACGGAGACAUUUCGUGAACCUCGACAUUGCAAGGGAUUACCUAGUCAGUACUUAGGUGAUAUAUCCAACCCAAGUGAAGAUAAAUGCAUAGCUCCCCUAAGAGUUAAAACCUAUCAUAACGACUCGCAACCUGUCACUGGAACUUCUUCUCACCAGAAUACACUGCCCGAUGCUAGAUUCCUGUCAGAUCAACUGCCCAUGGAUCCAGCCUUUCAGCGAGCCCUUUCCUUCCAGUCGUACCAUACCCACAACAGCAAUGAGAAGUUAUCCUUGGAGUCCUCAUUGACUAGAUCUUCAUCAGAUAUAUCUAGUCACGGAAACAGGUCGAAUGCAAUGAAAGGCUCCCCGCUCUUAAAGUUUCCCGUUUUCCUGGGAUCAUCUCUAUCAGAUACAACUAUCAGCCUACUUCGUCGCUACAUACCAUCGUGUAGAUCGUCAAUUGCGCCUUCUUCUAUCCCUCGCUGGCUAACCUCGCUGGUCUCUUCACAGAGUGCCCCUAUUAUGCCAUCGCUAUAUGGUAUCGUACUUGUGGAUUCUAACACUCGUCACUCGUCCAAGGUCGCCGCUGAGCUAAGACAAGUUGGAAGAGCUCUCGCCUCAUUGCAACAACAGAACAAGCUACCAAAUACUGGCAAAAUCAUAUUUAUGCAUUGGAAAGUUGUUGGGCAAGAGUUCAAUGCAGCAAAGGCAGGUGAAAAUUUGGGUGAGCGGUGGCAGAGAUUUGGCAAAGAAGUUGUAGACGUAUGCAUUAAAUGGGGGUAUGAGGAAGCUCCUGAAUGCAAAGGUCGAGAGAACCAAAGGCUGCCUAGUUGCCCUCUCGGGUCACAAAAUGGGAAGCUGCCUCAAAAUAUAUGCUGCCGGCGUGAUUGGACCGAGAUUCUACCUCUAUUAUAG